AUGUGGUCACCGACAGUUAAUGACAUUGCUGGAUGUUUUGGACAAGACACUGCUAUAGUUGUAAGUGAUUUUAACAGCAUUGUCACUGAGAAGACUUUAAGGAAGGCUACUAUGGUGAUUUUGACAUUUGAUAAGUUUGAGAAGAAGUUUUUUGACAAAUUGGUUCAGCAACACUACUUAUCUACAGUUUGGCACCACAUGGCUAAUAUUAUCAUUGUAAUGCCCAAUGACAUCACCGUUGUGAAUCGUUUUCAGUAUCUUGAACGAUUUAUAAAGCUAGGUUUUAUCAAUGUCGUUACUGUUCAUGAAACAGCUGCACAUGACAUUCGGUUCGAAACUUACUUAAAUCUUGGUGGUGAGCCAUCAAUGGAAUUGAAUGAUUUUGACAGUUCUUUGAUAUUUCCUGAUAAGCUUCGAGACAUGGCUGGAUAUGGCUACAAAAUUGUAGUCUUUAGUCAAAUACCAAAAGUUAUUAUUCGUGGAGGAUAUCCAAAAACACCACUUGUGUAUUUUAUGACGAUGAUUCAAAAGAUCCAAAAUGCAACAAUUUGGUACGAGGCUAUAAGAGAUGAGAGAGAAUUAUCUAACUACUGGGCAGCACGCGAGAUGGACUUAACUUUAAAUACUGGAAUUCAGAUUAAUUCGAAUGAACCAAAGUUGAUGAUUUAUGAAGAGAGUGGAUACUGUGCCUUGAUACCAAAACCAACAGAAAUUUCACUUGGUCAAGUUAUUUUCGUUAAACCAUUUGAUGGACUAACUUGGUUGUUCCUGUUUCUUACUAUGGCUUGUUCUGUUACUGUCUGGUGGAUGUUUUAUGAUCGUGGAGCUGUUGAUUCACCUUGGCUACUUGCGUACGGCAUGUUUGUUAUGUUCAUCGGACAAGGCGUCGAUUUUAGUCGCAACAAUCGCUUGGUGCUCACUAUUCUCCUUGAGUUGAUUAUUGUGAUGGUUUGGAUACUCUGUAAUGCAUACGAGGGCGUCAUCACAUCCUUUAUGAUUGAACCCAUCCGUGUACAUCGACUUGAGACAUUUGAUGACUUGGUUGCAUCGAAUCAUGCGAUUAUAACUGAUGAAGUAUUUGCUAAAGCUGUAAAAGAUUCAGGAAUCUACAUGUCAAUGAUGCCAAGACUUAAUUCAUCAGGAAGUCAUCUUAAACAUGAACUUGCAAUUGAACUUGAAAGACAGCACUACACAGUCAUUAUAAGUUGCGAAAUAGCUGAAGUCUUGAUCGAUGCUUAUUUGUCAAAAUCUAAAAGAGUCUCGAACUUUUAUUACAUGCUGCCUCAAAUGAUUUUUCCACAUCUCGAAGAACUUGAAGCCAGCUAUUUAAAUCCAUUCAUUGAGAGGUUCCAGUACUAUAUGGAUUUGUCAUUUCAAGCUGGUUUGAUGCACAUUUGGAAGGUUAUGUCACCUGAAAAUAGAUUUUUGAAAUCAAAUCUUGAAUUGGUAGAGGAAACAUCCUACCUUGAAAUAAAAGACUUAGCACUAGUUUUUCGAAUCCUUAUAGUUGGAUAUGUUGUAUCUACAGUUUUGUUUCUGUUAGAGAUCUUCUUUCAUGACCUUUUAGUGAGACUGACACUGUCUUUUGUUGCAAAACAGUUCAAAAACCGAGUACAUCAGAUAUCAUAUGCAAAGAGGAAGCAGCAAAAGCAUCCAAAAUAUCAAAAAGGUGCACUUUACUACAUCAUUCAUAGACACAAGAGAGUCAAGAGAUUGAGGGCAAGAAAGUUGAAAGUUCGAAGGAUUUAUGUCCAGCCUAAGUUUCCUAUGGAUUAA